AUGUCUUUCCAGAGGUCACCCCUGUCGCCACACCAGGGCAAUCAGCAGCUCCACCAGCCUUUGAACGUGCCUCACACGUCUCUGUCCCACAGUGGCUCGGUCUCCAGGAAACACUCCAUUGUGGAGAUGCUCUCGUCGCCACCUCCGCUUCCUGCCGAUUCUGCAAACCACCUGGCCUCCAUUGACGAGUUUUCUUUGUCGAGAAACACCUCCAUUUCCUCCAGAGCGCUGUCGGUGUACCAGGCGGGCGGGAACCCCAGACACGACUGGACAGACGUGAUAUUGGCUGACUUGGCCGAAUCCAAUAAGCUUAUUGCCAUCAAUAGAACCUACUCUGUCCAGAAGGCGUUCGAAACAUUGAUCUCGCACAAUUUGACCUCGUUACCCGUUUCGUGCACUGCUGACUCCUCCGACUUGUCCAAUUGCUUAUCGUUUGACUACUCAGACUUAAACACGUACCUUUUGUUGAUCAUGAACAAAAUUGCCAUCAGCGACUUGUGUGUGGACGAUAUUCCCGACGAAAACGGUGAGGCUAACACUCUCAAUACGCAGCAGAAGCAUGAGAGAUUCCACCAGCUUGUGGCCAAGGCCAAAAAGGGCGAGGAAGUGCCCGUUGACUUCAUUGUGCGGUUGCACCCAAAGACACCAUUCGUCAAGUUAAAGGAACAUGAGUCCUUGUUCAAGGCGGUGGAGGCGUUUGGCAAUGGUGUUCAUAGAGUGGCCAUAGUCAACUCUGCGAACAAAAUCUCCGGUAUCCUUUCUCAGAGAAGAACGAUCAGAUUCCUUUGGGAGAACGCCAGGAGGUUCCCCUCGCUUGAGUUCUUACUCAACUCCACUUUGCAAGACUUGAAGAUCGGCUCCACUUCUCCAAUCACCAUCCAAGGUGACCAGCCAUUGAUAGAGGCGUUGCAGAAGAUGUUUGACGAGCGCGUGUCGUCUCUUGCAGUAAUUGACAAAAACAAGUCCUUGGUGGGCAAUAUCUCUAUUGUCGAUGUUAAGAAUGUAUCAUCCACAAAGAACUCCCAUUUACUAUUCAAGCCCGUGACAAACUUCAUUUCUUACAACUUAUCGCAAAAAGGUAUCGAGCGUGGUCAAGACCAAUUUCCAAUUUUCCAUGUCAGCCAGCAAAGCUCUCUAGGCAGAGUAAUUGCCAAGUUGGUAGCCACUGAAUCUCACAGAUUAUGGAUAGUCGAAAGCAGAGGUGGGCACAUGGGCUCCGUUUCUGGCCAGCCAAGCACUGUAGAGGCUGCGCUCUCCAACGAAGGAAUCCAACCAGAAAGCGGUCGCCCAGGUAAACUCGUUGGUGUGGUUACCCUUACUGAUAUUCUAGGAUUAUUUGCGCAUCACAAAUCUGGGGUCAAAAUUGAUCCACAGACUGCAAGAAACCACAGAAGGCGCUCAUCUACAUCUACAACCAGAUCAUCGAUUGAAAGCUCCCACCUCCCGUCAGGAACCCCCUCGACUUCUGCACCAGUUACUCAACCAUAUGUCCAACCCAACCAGGAUAUGUUCCGGAAAACAUAUCAAACAGGCCAGAGAGAUAGUGCCUUUGAGCAGUAA